AAAAGAGUGAGGGAAAGUGAACAAGAGAGAUAUAGUGAGAGGCAGAGUGCGAGUCUAUAGGAAAUAUGGUGACACUGCAUAUUUGCGUCGCAGUCCUGGUUUGAGUGGAAUUUGUUCAUUCUCUUUCUAAGGGCUGUGGUGGUUAACUGUGAAAUGGAUUGCGUAAGCAGAUCUCCUCAGACAGAGUUAGGCCUCCUUCAAACUCAAUGGCCUUGUUAGAAUACUUAAAUGCAUCCUUCCUUGUUUCCUUGAGGUAAUCAACAGAUCUAUAAGUGAUUGGAAAGAUGAAUGCAAGGUUACCACCCCAUUACUUCACUGAUCCAACCAAUUCCUAUCUGUGAUUACUUAAAGAAAGGAAGGAGGGAAGGAUGCAUUUGAACUAUUCCAACAGGGCCAUUGAUUUUCCUGCAUUUCAGGAAGUACUGCAUUUCAUGUGCUACCUCAACUUUCAGGGGUGUAUUCACUAAAAACUAAACGGAAGAAAACAAAUGAAACGAGGAGGGACCUACCUGAAUUUGUCCAAUAGAAACUCGUUGCGAAACAUUUUGCUACGGUGUGCACUGAAUACACCCCAAGUUCAGCUCAACUGGAACUCUUUGACGUUUGGGGCUAAACUUUGAAUAGACAUUGACUGGAUGUGGUCCAGCAGCAACCAUUGUGUAGAGAGAGUGUAGUGAAGAGCCUACUUGGCAUCCAGUCAUCUCAGUCCAUUUAAGCUGUCCAGAGGCACGGCUAUGGGGGGGAUGCGCUUGAUUUGGUUAAGGUGAUUAACACUUUAGCUUACUAACCCUCUUGUCUUGAUCCUUGUUGGCCUGCCUUCUUCACACCACAUACUACUCUCUCUCUCAUUGUCUUUGUCUCUGCCUCUCCUGUUCUCUCUUCUCUUCCUCCUAGCCAAUUAAAUACUAAUCUGAUACAUAUUCAGUCUGUUGAGAUCUCACUCUCUCUAUCACUCUCUCGCCAUUAAUCUCCCGGUAGACCUACAUAUCUCUUGGUACGUCUUUCUCAUGGUAUGAAAAUAAAAUCAAAAGUCUACCCUUAGCUAGGUGACAGUGAUGCCAUUCUUUUCUUGUGUGAAUACAAAGCAUCUAUUUUACAGUAUCAAUUAACUGUCUUUUGUAUAAAAAGCCUGUUGCGAAAUACAAGACGGCACCAAUGUUCUUUUCCUCAGCGAACCCUCAUAAAUGUUGUCACCCAAUCCUUUCACACUUGGAAUUUUUCAUCAAUUAUUUACCCGAGUCCCACAACUGGGCCAUUGUCCCUUCCUGUUCCGCUAUCACAGCGCCGAGAUUGGAAUCUCCCCAUGCGGACCAACCGGGGCUCAUGACCCUGACUUUGAACACACCUGGCUCUGAUACGUCUUAGGCAGUGCUUUAUUUGAAGGGCCUUCAUAACACAUUCAUAAGAGGUAUAGUAGCGGUUCAUAAAUGCUUAUGUCACUACUGCUUUAAAAUAGCCUACCACUUUGUUUUAAAUAUGUCAUCAUAAUGCCUUGCUACUUAAGGUUGUCAUAAACACUACUUAAUUGGCGUUACAUUAGAAGUUGACAAAUGAUGUCACAUAACCAGAUUCUAUCUGGUAUGAAGCACAAGACCCUAAACCCAUCUCCUUACUUUGUGCUUGAAUGACAUACUUAUGACACCUCUAUGUAGGCAUUAUAAAGGAGCUUUUAAAUAAUGAAUAAAUAUUUCUAACAUUCAGAAUGGAGUUAAUGGUCAGACACUGAAAUCACACUAGUCCUUCCUUCACAGGCACUCUGUAUGAACGUGUAUCCACAUCCGGGAAUCCUCAAAACCGCCCUAUUCAGGAGUCAAAUGCUUAGAAUAAUAAAAGGCCUCCUUUCUUGUCUUGGCACCCUUUCGGUUCCCCAUCUACCCUUUUUUGUGACUAUGGUUAGCAUUAGGGAUGUGCAUUUUUCCCUUUCAAGACAAUUCGAUAUGUAUCUAGAUACAUGUCCUCUGAAACGAUACAGGAAUGAUACGUUUUAGUUUGAAUUGGUUCGGUGCGAUUCGAUACACCAACGUUUGUUGCAUAUAUACAUUCAUUUUCCAUUCUAAAUUCAAAACUGCUGCUGAUGGCACUCGUGCUGGGCCUCUCUGAGCUGGAUCUCUCUGAGCUGGAUCUCUCUGAGCUGACCUCUCUCUCUGUUUGUCUGUCUGUGUGUGAGAAUUAUAUACAUGUGUAAUGUAGGCACCUGUGCUGAGCCAUACGGGAAACAGGGCAUCUACCACCUCACUAUCAGACAAGGGAGGCUCGGAACGUCACCACAGGGGAGCUGGCGGCCAUCAAGGUCAUCAAACUGGAGCCCGGGGAGGACUUCGUGGUGGUGCAGCAGGAAAUCGUCAUGAUGAAGGACUGCAAGCACUCUAACAUCGUGGCCUACUUUGGCAGUUACUUAAGGAGAGAUAAAUUAUGGAUAUGUAUGGAAUAUUGCGGGGGAGGGUCCCUACAAGACAUAUAUCAUGUGACGGGGCCUCUCACAGAAUCACAAAUAGCCUACGUGUCUCGAGAAACUCUUCAGGGUCUCUACUAUCUACACAACAAAGGGAAAAUGCACAGAGACAUAAAGGGAGCAAACAUACUGUUGACAGACAACGGGUACGUCAAACUAGCUGACUUUGGCGUCUCGGCCCAAAUCACGAUGACCAUUGCCAAGAGAAAAUCCUUCAUCGGCACACCUUACUGGAUGGCACCCGAGGUGGCAGCCGUGGAGAGGAAGGGCGGGUACAAUCACCUGUGCGACAUCUGGGCAGUGGGUAUCACCGCCAUCGAGCUGGCAGAGCUGCAGCCGCCCAUGUUCGACCUUCACCCGAUGAGGGCCCUGUUUUUAAUGACCAAAAGUAACUUCCAGCCGCCCAAGUUGAAAGACAAGGUGAAGUGGACCAGUAAUUUUCAUCAUUUUGUAAAGAUAUCGUUGACGAAAAAUCCAAAGAAAAGGCCCUCUUCAGACAAGCUGCUGCAGCAUCCCUUUGUCUCGCAACCUCUGAGUCGAACGCUGGCCAUCGAGCUCUUGGACAAGGCCAGCAACCCGGACCACUCCUCCUACGACGACCACUUAGAUGACGAGCCCGAGGAGCCUGAGGAGCCUCCUGUACCUGUGCCACAUCGGAUUCGCUCCGGGAACACACGAGAAGGGAAGACACUCUCCGAGAUCAACUUUGAUCAAGUCAAGUUUGAUCCCCCACUUAGGAAGGAGACUGAACCUCAUCACGAACCAGCACCCGACUCUGACGAUUUUUUGGACUGUGUGGAAGAACAAUACUACACUGCAAGAUCUAACAUGGACUUGCAGAUGGAUUACGAAGAGGGAUCUCCCAGAAGUUCCUUCUUGGGAGGGCAUAAGAGUCUUCUGAAAUCGGUGGAGGAGGAGCUAAUCCAGAGGGGACACGAGACUCAUUUAGAUGAUGAUGAUGAUGGUGGUGACCAUGAUGAUGAAAUGCAACAUGCCAAGGGCUCCACAUUGCGGCCCAAAGAGCCUCCACCACCGCCUCCCAACGUUAAGCCCAUCCCCAUUCCACAGGAUAGUGCCAACUCCCACGCUCACCAUGGCUCCCCUGCUCACCAUGGAUCCCCCGGACUCUACGGCUCCCCCGGUGACCAUGACGACCAUGGGGGGACCAUAAAGCGGUGUCCAGCCGCCGAGAGCCCCGCCCGCUCUGCCACCCAUGUUCCGCCCAGGCCGCCACCCCCCAGACACCCCCCACACAGGCAGCUUAGCUUAGGCAAUGGGUUCAACUCGUCAGAAGUGAGUGGGGAUGCUGGUGGUGCCGAGAAGCAGUCUACUAUGCCACCUAGCGUCACCACGAGGAAGGACAGGAAAGAGAUUCCGAAACCAAUCAGUAAUGGCCUUCCCCCUACGCCAAAAGUCCACAUGGGAGCCUGUUUCUCCAAAGUCUUCAAUGGCUGCCCUCUAAAGAUCCACUGUGCGGCAUCUUGGAUCAACCCCGACACGAGAGACCAAUACCUGCUAUUUGGCGCCGAAGAGGGCAUUUACACUCUAAAUCUCAACGAACUACAUGACUCCUCCAUGGAACAGCUCUUUCCCCGGAGGUGUACGUGGCUUUAUGUCAUGAGUAAUAGUCUGCUCUCCAUAUCUGGAAAAGCUUCUCAGCUAUACUGUCACAAUCUGGCGGGUCUGUACGAGCAUGCUCGACAGAUGCAGAAGCUGCCAAUGGCCAUCCCCACCCACCGGCUCCCAGACAAAAUCAUUCCAAGGAAAUUUUCCAUCUCCAAUAAGAUUCCCGACACCAAGGGAUGUCAGAAGUGCUGUGUGGUGAGAAACCCUUACACGGGCCACAAGUACUUGUGUGGGGCCUUCCAAUCCAGUGUGGUCAUGUUGGAAUGGGUGGAGCCCAUGCAGAAGUUCAUGCUUAUCAAGAACAUUGACUUUCCCCUGCCCUGCCCGAUGGAGGUGUUUGAGAUGCUUGUGGUGCCCGAGCACCAGUACCCCCUCAUCUGUAUGGGCGUCAGCAAGGGCACGGAGCUCAACCAGGUGGUACGCUUUGAGACGCUGGACCCCAACACCGCUUGCCCCUGGCUCAAAGAGUCCGACACUCCACAGACCUGUGUAAUCCAUGUGACUCAACUGGAAAGAGACACCAUUCUUGUCUGCCUGGAUCGAUCCAUUAAGAUUGUGAAUCUGCAGGGGAGGCUGAAGUCCAGUAGAAAGCUUUCAGCUGAGCUGACGUUUAAUUUCCAGAUUGAGUCGAUAGUCUGCCUUCAAGACAGUGUUCUGGCUUUCUGGAGACAUGGCAUGCAAGGGCGGAGUUUCAAAUCUAAUGAGAUUACACAGGAGAUUUCCGACAACACCAGGAUAUUCCGACUCCUAGGAUCAGACAGGGUUGUGGUGCUGGAGAGCAGACCUACAGACAACCCUACAGCACACAGCAACCUAUACAUCCUGGCUGGACACGAGAACAGUUACUAACCACCCUGCGCUCUGGGAACCAGGGUCCUGUUCAGUAGGCAUAAAGCUUUCUGAAACGGAGUGCUACAGGGAUGUACAGUCUGAACCUGUCCAAUAAGAAACCUUAGUUUCAUUGUCGGUUGCAAAACAUUAAUUCAUUGUAUGCCUUAAUGAACAUGGCCCAGGAUUGGUUUCAGUUACAUUUUAAGAGGUUAUAAAUCUGAAUGAAAUUCAUUCAUUGAAAAUUGCAAUUAGGUUUAUUUUUCUGUUAUUAAAUUGGAAUUCAUGUCCUGAAAUUAAACUAUGGAACUGACCCCAUCCCUGAUAGGAACAGACUAUGAUGAGGAGGACAUGUCUGACUCUGCAUCUGAGACCAAGGAAUUGCAAUCGGACUAUUCAUCGAGCAAGCGACCUUGGAUAUGUCCGGUUUUUAAUUGAACCUUAUGAUUUGAAUUGUAAGUCGACAUUUAUAGUAACACAAACCCACAUUCCUGGAUAUCACACUAUUUCAAUAUUGACCAACUUCUGAGAGCAUGCAUCCUUACCUGACAAGUGCUUGACCGAUGUGUUUGUAAUUAAUGUAAAUAGAAUAUUGAGGUUGUACACUAUAAGUAUGUCAUGUAGAUAACCAUGCUGCAUAUAUUUUGUAAAGUUGCCCCCCAUCUUAAGAAAUAUAAAGAGUUGUUGCCUAAUCAAUGUGGGGUACUAUUUUUAAGGGCUUGUCAACUAAUGUAAUUUUACAAAACAGUGGUAGGAUGUCAAAGAGCAAAGUGUCUGUUCAUUUUGAUCAUGUGUUGCCUUUUUUUAAUAUGUUAGACUCGUUUUGAUAUGAAGCCAUAUGCAAUGUCAUUUUAUUUUCACACACUUUAAUUCCAACCCCAUAUAAAGUUGUCAAUUCUCAGAUAUGCACUGGUUGUGAAAUUUGCACAUAGUUGUACGCAAUAAAACACUUUAUUCUUACAUUUAAGGCAUGGUUAAGUUGUGCUUAUAACAAAGUAUCUGCAUGAGUGCAUUAGAAAACAAAAUACUACACACUUUAGAUGUAAACUCAGACAAAUUUAACCAGGCAAUAUAAGGUUUAUUUUUUUACAUACACGCCAACGCUAUUGUUAAAACUGCAUUCAAACUGAAGAGACUCUGGGCAGUUGUACCAUCUUAGAAUCUUUUUCUGUAUGGUGGCCAAUGAGUUGAAUGUUUGCUAAAUUGCAUUGCAUUUGUUCUGGUGUUUGGGUGUCAUAGUAAGGCCUCUACCUCAUGCAUUGGGGAGUCAGUGGGAAUAUGUGGGGCCAAAUUGAACAUGUAACACUAAAUUUGAUUUGCUGAUUCCAUGUAGCUUACACAACUAAAGGAGCGCAUGAUGAAGUACAAGGAUUUUCUGACUUGGUUUCUUUCCAUAUUGCUUUUGUGUCAUGUAAAUACAGUAAAAUAAAAUUGCUUAAUUGUGCCUGUACAACUGCUAAUAUUUGAACAUGUUACUUAUUAAACAUUUUAACUCACAAUGGGCUAAAUUGAUUGACUGAUGAGCCAUAGGAAGCCUGUUAUUGUUCUCCAAAAUUUUAGACGGUAUGAUGAAGUAUAAGGAUCUUCUCACUUGGUUUCUUUCCAUAUUGUUUUUGUGUCAUGUAAAUAUUGUAAAAUAAAAUUGCUUAAUUUCGCCUGUACAACUGCUAUAUUUGGACAUGUUACAUAUUAAACAUUUUAACUCACGAAGGGAUACAUUGAUUGACUGAUGAGCUAUAGAAAAAAAAUAAAGUAUGUUUUUCUCUUUGA